AUGAGACCACAUUUCGAUCGGAUGAAACGCAUUUUCAAGGGCUUGGAAUAUCCGGACACAAUUUGCAUUUCCUAUUCGCUGAAAAUGUUAACCUUCCUAGGACAGUGGCAACAUCAGCAGCAAACCAGAAGAUAUUGGACAUAUUUACAAGCGUUGAAUUGUGCGAUGAUAUUUCACGUGUGCACCUUGAUGUGGGAUUUGUGCGUGGUUUACAAUGACAUUAUUCUUUUUGGCGAUGACAUGUGCGUAGUUUCUGGCGUCGCACUGGUUAUGUAUAAGAAAUUCUAUCACAACUACUACAGCGUUCAGUUUGAGCAAAUUUUCGAACAGUUGAAGCGUUACAGUGAGCAAAAUAAUCAACGCGAUGAAACGAUUCGAAAAUUGCAACGAAAAUAUCACAUUGAGGAGUACGUGCUGAUUAUUGGGACCAUUUUCCUGGGACUCGCGACAGUUGUGAGCCUAAAUGGGCAUGCAUUGUUUGACUCUACCAUACCGCUCAGAGCUAUAUAUCCAAUAGAACUAGAUACAGAUCAGCGAAUCAUUGCUGUUACAAUCUUUCAAUUUGUUAUGAGCAUUUUCCUAAUCGAAGGAAUUGUAUUUUUCGAUGGCAUCGGAGGACAAGUAAUGAGCCAGAUGACCCUACAUUUCCACGUACUCUGUAUUGAGUUCCAACGAAUUGGAAGUGGAUUAGUUGAUUCACCUGAAAACGACUCUCUUGAACGCAAAAGUAACAGUGACAAAAUUAAGUGUGACCUAUUUAAAUUGGUAAAGAGACAUCAAGAGCUUAUACUAUUUGGACAACGGGCAAAUGCUCUCUACCAGCCGAUGCUUCUGGCUCAGCUCAUAUGCAGUUUGGCUAUGAUUUGCCUAACGGCUUUUGAGGCCACCCUAACAACACAUGAUCCUUUGUUGUUUUUAAAAUUCGCUAUGUUUGCCGUUUCGGUGCUUAUUCAAAUCCUUUACUGGUGCUAUUACGGAAACCGAGUUUCACACAUGUCAACUGAAAUUAAUAACGCUCUGAUCAGUUCAAACUGGAUCGUUGGAAACAAUAGUAUCAAGAAGGAUUACAAGUUUGUUAUGAUGCGCGCUCAAAAACCAUUCCGAUUCAUUGUGUACAACUAUUUCCCGAUUUCAUAUGAAACAUUUAUAUCGGUUUUGAGUCGUUCAUAUUCCUUUUUCACACUUUUCAGAACCAUAAGUGAUUGA